UGGGAUUUAUGGGUAGCAUCUCAACCUGUUCAACCUGAGGAUAGAAGAGAAAUAGACCGUCUGACACGUGUACUACAAGAAAGGGAAAGGGAACUAGAGGAGGAGAGAAGAGAAAAGGAACAAGUUAGAAACAGACUACAGCAACAACUUCAAAGAAGAAAACAACAGCUUCAACAAGCACAGCAACAAGGACAAGAAAGAGAGAGGCUGGCUAGAGAAUGGAAUCUUCAGAGGCGACUUGAACAAACACAGCAACUUCAAUCAAGAGAGAGAGAAUCUCAAGAAAGAGAGAGACAGCUUCAAGAAAAAGAGAGACAACUUCAACAAAUACAGCAAGAAAGAGAGAGGGAAAUUCAUCAGGCCAGAGAACGAGAGCAGGAUCUUGAACAACAGCUUCAAGAAAAGGAGAUACAACUUCAACAAGCACAGCGUCAAGGGCAAGAAAGGGAGAGGGAAAUUCAAGAGGGCAGGGAACGAGAACAGGAUCUUCAGAGGCAACUUCAACAAGCACAGCAACUUCAAUCAAGAGAGAGAGAAUCUCAAGAAAGAGAGCAACAGCUUCAAAGGCAAGUAGAAGGUGGCCAGCAAAGAGAACAGGAUCUUCAACGACAGCUUCAAGAAAGAGAGCAACAGCUUGAGGAAAGAGAAAGAGAGUUCCGAGAAAGAGAGAGACAACUUGAAGAGCAGAUACAAGUGGCAGAGUCUUCCUGGGUAGUGAAUAGAAGAGAGAUUACAAUGACAGAGGUAGUCCUUGGUAAAGGAGGAUGGGGAGAGGUGAAAGUGGCCGGUUUUCGUGGUCUGAAGGUUGCUGCAAAGUGUCUCUAUGAAGUCAUCAUCUCUCCUUAUAACAUUGGGACAUUCUCUCGUGAAAUGAAUAUUGCUUCUAAAAUACGUCAUCCUAACCUCCUUCAGUUCAUAGGAGCGACUACAGAGGGUAAUCCAAUCAUCCUGACAGAGCUAAUGCCGACGAGCCUAAGAAAGGAAUUAGAGAGUGGAGGAGUGGCCUAUCCUGCGAUACUGAGCAUCAGUUUAGAUGUAGCCUGUGCUCUCAAUUACCUUCAUCUCUUCAAGCCUCAUCCUAUACUACAUAGAGAUGUCAGCAGUGCCAAUGUACUCCUUCAAAUAACAGGAGGAACCUGGAAGGCUAAAGUAUCAGAUUACGGUACAGUUAGUCUCCAACCUCUUGCUAGAACAAGCAAUCCUGGUAAUCCUGUCUAUUCAGCUCCAGAGUCUCCCUACCCAAAUCAACAUUCUCCUGCAAUGGAUGUCUUCAGUUAUGGUGUCCUCCUUAUAGAGAUGGUCGUUUGUGAGUUUCCAGACGUAGGAAAGAGAGUGGCUCAGAUUAAAGCUAUCAAGAGGCCGACAUUGAAGAAUCUCAUUGAAUGUUGUCUGAUAGAGAACUACAAAGAUCGUCUAGCAAUGUCUGACAUUAUAAAAGAAUUGAAUGAAAGCAUUUAGUGAUGUAGUCAACUUAGUGAUGUAUUUUCAUUUUUAGAUUUUGUU